GAUAUCAAUGAAUACGUCUUCUCUUGAACUUCGCGAAAGCUUUCGUCUUAGCCGAUCGGCAAGAGCGCCUUCACAUUUUCUUGAGAAUGCGCUAUCAGACAAGCCAGUGAGCGCUGCUAGUAAAUUGCGCUAUACAUUAUCGCUCUGCGCAAUCUCGCGCCCGCCGAGGAAACACAGUUAUUUACUUCGUUCAUACGCUGCAUUCGCUCUCGCGCCCUGGGGAGAAGAUCACGUAUAGAGGAAGCUAUAAGCAAUCCAUCGUGAUGCUUAGUUGAACGUGAAUCGCGCUGUAGCGCAAGCGCACAGAAUUGCGCCAUUUUUUCAACUUCAUAGGUAGAUAGCUGGGCUGCAGACAACCCCCCUCCCCCAAAUUCGCUAAAGAGACUUAGGACACCUGCGUUAUCUUUUAACAGAUGUGCCGCCCCAGCCAAACUCCCCACCUGACAAUGUCUUCCACCUGGAUCGACGUGCAAAAGCCGUCUUAGAGCUAGAAGCAGGGACAGAGUCCCGCCUCCAAGUAAUGGAAUAAGUAAAACAACGUUAAAAGUAGUGGUAUUUCACCGUCGCCGAAGCUCCCACUUAUUCUACACCUCUUAAGUUAUUUCACAAAGUCGGACUAGAGUCAAGCUCAACAGGGUCUUCUUUCCCCGCUGUUUAUUCCAAGCCCGUUCCCUUGGCUGUGGUUUCGCUAGAUAGUAGAUAGGGACAGUGGGAAUCUCGUUAAUCCAUUCAUGCGCGUCACUAAUUAGAUGACGAGGCAUCGAAGCAGCUUCACGGUCCCGGCGGGUACCUCCUACGGCCGGGACAUCGGGCACCCGCACCCGGUGCAGCGCGCCGGCAGCUUGCGCCUGACAGCCGUCGGACUGUGCAAGGCUGGACUGUUCGCAGUGACGCUGCCGCACGGUGCCGCCUUCGAGCUGGGCCGGUACCAGGCUAACCUGGAAGCUGGUGGAGAAACGUACACCCUUGAUGUGCGCCGCAUGUCCCGUCGGCAGGGUGGCCAGCAGCCGGGCGGCCCAUGCGCCGCUGCCGGUGGUGCCGCGGCCCCUGGCGGCGCGGCGCCGGGCGCCACCGGCGCCGCCGCUGCCGGCGGCGCGGCGUGGGGCCGCGGGGAUGCCACCGGCGCCGCUGCUGCCAGCAGCGAGGCACAGGGCCGCGGUGGCACGACUGGCGGCUCUGCUGCCGCUGGCGCGGCGCAGGGUCACAGGGGCGCCGCCGGUGCUGCUGCUGCCGGUGACUCGGCGGCGCAGGGCCGCGGGGGCGCUGUCGGCGGCGCUGCAGCUGGCGGCUCGGCGGGGGACCGCGGGGGCACUCCUCGCGGCCGUGCCGCCGCCGGCGGCGCGGCGCAGGGCCGCAGGGGCGCCGCCGGUGCUCCUGCUGCCGGCCGCGCGACGCCAGCCCCCGUGGACGCUGCUGGCACCUCCGCUACCGGCGGCACGGCGCGGGGCCGCAUGGGUCCUGCGGGUGGCCACGCUGCCCGCGGCGCGCAGCAGGGCCGCAAGAGUGCUGCUGGCGCGUCCGCUGCCGAUGGAGCGGCGCAGGGCCGCGCAGGCGCCGCCGGCGCCCCCGCCGCCGGCAGCACGCGGCAGGGCCGCAAGCGCCCUCUGCGCCCCACCAUCGGCGUCCGGCUGCGACGCAGUGCGGGUGCUGCCGGUGCCUCCGGUACUGGCGGAGCGACGCGGCGCCGUGGCCAGCACCGACGCCCGGCCGCCGCGGCCCCGGCUGCGGCUACGGCCGCGCGUGCGGAUGGCCCCAGCGCCGUCCAGGGCAGCGGUGCUGCGCCGUCCGGCACCCCUCGUGGCGGCGGCGGCCGCGGCGCUAGCUCCCGCCGCCAGCACAGCGGCAGUCGCAGCCACAGCCGCACUCGCCGCGACCGCAGCAACAGCCGGGGCCGCAGCAUCACCAGCCGCGGCGCCAGCCGCAGCCGCGGCCGCAGCCGCAGCCGCAGCCCGGGCCGCAGCCACACGCACACCCGCAGCCACGCCCGCAGCCGCCGCAGCAGCAGCGCCUCGCGUGGCACGAAUGGCGGGGCUUCUGGCAAGUUGGGUGGUAGCCACAGGGACGCCUCUGCGGAUAACUCUGGGGAGCGCGUGGACCACCGCACCCGCAGCGGUCGCGUCUUCCGCCGACGGGCCGGCCGCGUCCCAGCCGGUGACGGCAGCACCCUGACCGGGGAUGGGCGUACCAGCAGCACUGCGCCGCGCCCGGGCGACGGUGCCGGCGACGGCGGGUGGAGCGUGGUGCCCAGCCGUCGCCGCCAGCGCAGUGCCUCGCCAGGGGCGGAGCCGGCCAAGCGUCAGGCUCUGCCAGAGCAAGCCCAGCAGCGCUUGGACAUCGUGUGUCUACAGGAGACACACACAACGGUCGACGUGAUAUCGGAGGCGCAGGUUAAACUGCGUCUCGCCUCACAGCAGCUCCGGCUGGGUGGCUGGCAUGCAUGGUGGGGCCCUGCCGACUCGUCACGUACCGGUGGCGUCGCCAUCCUCAUCCGUGCCUCCCUCAUCUCCCGUGGCGUGGUGACCCCGGCAACGCCUCCCGCCCUCGACCCGGCCGCCGCCAGCCGCCUUCUCCUCCUCCCUCUCGCUUGGGGCGGCCACUCCCUAAUGCUUGCCUCUGUCUACCUUCCCUCGGGCGACCCAGCGGCCCAGCGCCGCUUCAUUGCCGACCACCUUGCGCCGGCGGCCACGCUGCCUGGCCUCAAGGUGUGGGCUGGUGACUACAACUUCGUAUGCAACGCCGCCAUUGACACCCUCCAUCGCGGCGGCCGCCUCCUGGACCCCGGCACGACCUCCCUCUUCGCCUCCACCUGCGCCUCCCCUGUGGACUCCUUCCGCCACCUGCACCCUACCCGCCGGUCCUUCACCUUCAUCAACCAUAUGGGUGCCUCUCGCAUUGACCGCAUCAUGCUCUCUCCGGAGCUGCUGUCGUCGCUGCUCGACGGUGCCGUCUCUCCUGGCCCUGGCUUGCGGCGGCUCAGUGAUGCCUACCUCGCGUUCCCCGACCUGCGCCGCUCGCUGCUCGACUGGAACCGCGGCGCCUGUGCCGCCGCCCCCGAGGCGCCGGUGCCGCUGCUGCGGUGGUUUGUGGCCUACAAGCGCGACCUGGUGCGCACGGUUGGCCGCCUUAACCGCAUCGCCCGUGGCCGCAUCCUUGAGGAGACAGCGGAGGAGGCGGCGGCCCGUGCUGCUGAGGCGGCCGCCCUAGCGGUGGUAGAGGCUGGAGGCCCCGAUGCUGCUCAGGCUGCUGCUGCGGCCGUCGCCGCGCGCUCCGCGGCUGCCGCAGCGGCGCAGCGCGCGGUCGCUCGGCACGCUCGUGCCGCCCGCCUCCAGUGGCUGCGCACCCGCGAGACGGCUUCGCCUGCGAUCACGCGGCUUGUGCGGCCCCCUGGCGGCGCCGCGCGCAUUGCGGCAAUCCGGCGCCCGGACGGCAGUGUGUGUGACUCCCUUCCCGAAAUCCCCACACAUAUUGUCGACUACUGGCGGCGCAUCAGUGCUGCGGUGGCUACGGACCCGGACGCCUGUGACCGCGUACUUGCGGCCCUUGCAGCAUUUGGGCGGCGCUGCACUGACGAGGACGCUGUGCGGCUUGGCGCCGACACAGUGAGUUCAGCUGAGGUGGAGGCUGCCCUGGCGGCGGCGCCGGCUGGCAGCACCCCGGGCCGCGACGGCAUCCCGGCUGAGUUGUACCGGGAACUGGGGGGCCCCACGGCACGCGUGCUUGCGCGUGUGUUCACGGCCUCCCUCGCUGCUGGUGCUCCUCCACGCGGCUUCCUCGAUGGCGUCAUUACAUGCUUCAGCAAGCCCGGGGACCCCCUGCAGCCUUCGUCGUAUCGGCCCAUUACGCUGCUCGGCACGGACUACCGCACGCUGGCCCGUGUCCUCGCCAGGCGGCUCAUCCCCGUCUUCAGCAACGUCAUCCACCCCGCCCAGACAGCCUUCCUGCCCGGGCGCCGCAUCGCCGACAACGUCCUACUGCUGCAGCUUCUGCCGGAGCUCAUGCGGGUGGCCGAAGGCGGUGGCCCUGGCGGCGGUGGCGGGGGCGGGGGCGCUGCGGGCAGCACCGCUGACGCUGACCGCGGCGUUGUGGCCUUCCUGGACUUCUACAAAGCCUACGACACCCUGGACCGCAACUUCCUGUACCGGUGCUUGGCAGUCAUGGGCGUUGGCAGUGGCUUCCUGGCCUGGGUCAAGCUGCUGCUUACGGGCACGCGCUCUGCCGCCCUGGCUAACGGCUACCUGUCGGCCUUCGUCCUCAUCAUUGCGGGCGUACGGCAGGGGUGCCCGCUGGCGCCUCCUUUGUACUUGGCGCCGGCCCAGGCCCUCUUCGCCUACCUCGACCGCGCGGGCUUUGGUGUCUCCUGGGCGGAUAUCCGCCUCGUCGCUACUGCCUAUGCGGACGACGCUGCGCCGUUCCUGCGUCGGAUGGCCAGCGUGCCUGGUUUCCUGGCAGCUAUGGAGACCUUCCGCGCCGCCUCUGGGCAGCGCCUUAACCUCGACAAAGUGGAGCUUCUGCCCAUCGGUGCACGGCGCCGCGCCACUCCUGCUCCCGCCCGCGCUGUCGCUGCUGGCUUGGCGGCUGGCGGCGCAGCGGCUGGUAACAUGGCAGCUCACGGCGUGGCGGCGACCAGUGUGGCAGCGGCCGGCGGCAUGGCUGCCGGCGGCGCGGCGGCUGGUGUCGCGGUGGCUGGCGGCGGCCCCGGCGCCAGCCACUCUGGUGGGGGCAGCUUGGCGGCCGGUGGUGCGGUGCCUUCUCGGGCGGGCGCGGUUUGGGCAGCUGCCGGUGUUGUGGUCACUGGUGGCGUGACGGCCGGCGGCUCCGCCGCGGGUGCUGGCGGUGCCGUAGCCGCGCCUGCCCCGCCCAACACAGUUGCUAUGGCGCAUGGCUUGCGCGUAGUCUCGCACUCGCGCACGCUGGGUGUGGUCUUCUACGACCUCCCACUUGGCACGGCUGCAGCCCAGGGGGCUCCUUCCCUCUCCCCUGCCAUUGGCACCCUGGGGACGCUCUGCGGCCUCCCCCUAACUGCCUUUGGCCGUGGCUUCUGUGCCUCCUCCUACGCCGUCAGCCGUGUGCUCUACCAUAUGGAGUUUGCGGGUCUGCCGCCGCAGACGGUUUUGGCAGACUUCCUCAAAACGCUUGUGCGGUUUGUGGACCGCCGCAUCAUCGUUGCCACGCCGCAAGGUGCUGGCCGGGCCCGACUUCCCGGCCUCCCCUCCGACUGCGUCGCCCUGCCGCCACGCGAUGGCGGCUUUGGACUGCUGCCGGUGGUGGAACACGUGCGCGCCCGGCACGCUGUGUUGGCUGUGCGCUGGCUGCAGCACAUGCACGGCUCUGCGGCCGGCACCUACGUACCGCCGUGGACAGCCGCCGCCACCGCCCUGGUGCAGCAGCUACACACGGCCGCCCACCCCCUCUGCGUCCUGACGAUGCAGCGGGCGGCCGGCGGUGUCGGACCCGCUGCCGAUGGCUGUGCAAUCUUCGGCCAGCCGGUGGCGGCAACCUGCCCGGCCCUCGUGCGCCUCCUGGGUGCCCUCAGCUACCUGCCUCCGGUCACCAUCCUACGCCCGGCUGUGCUGGUGCCCGGGCCCUGGUGCUUUGCACUUCCGCUCUGGGGCAAUCCUGUCUUGCCGUGUGCGGCGGGGCUUCAGGCGGGUGGCUUGGAACGUGACUUCCCGGCUCUCAUGGCGCUGCCGGGUCUGCUCACGCUCGGCACGGCAGUGCGGUGCUGGGAGGCGCUGGCCGCGGUGCGCCAGCUGGUGGCUUCCAAGCCGACUGGUGCGCUGGGGCCGCGCCUCGCGCGUCGCUGCACUAUGCAGUACAAGCGGUCCGUCCUGCGCCCCAUCCUGCGCAUUGCGGAUAUGGCGCGCGUGCCGCCGGAGCUGCAGUCCGGCCCGGAUGCUGCUGCCCAAUUCUCCGCGCUGCUGGCCCGUGUACCGGCGGCGUGGAGGGUGGCGGCGUCGGCCACAUUGCAUGCGCCUGGCGGCGCGGCCUCCGCGCCUCCUGCCCCCCAGGUAUGGCUGCUGCUUGCGCAGAGCCUGGGGUGGCGGCAUGGCGCGGCUGACGUGCCCUUGCUGACCCUUACGGUGAAGCAGGCAACCCAGCUUCAACUUGCGCCUGCGUACGACGCACUCCGCGUGCGUCACUUGGCCUUCAUCCAAGAGGCCUACAGCGGCGCCGCGCCGCCAGCGGAAGCGAUUCAUGCGCUGCGGGCGGCCCUGGCGCGGCUGUGGGCUUUGGUGUGGGAGCCGCGACACAAGGAACCGCUCUGGCGUCUGGCAGUCAAUGGGUUCACGGGCUUUGGGAUGCUUGCGGCGUGGGCCGCAGAUGGACGCGUGGAGAAAUGCCCGUGUGGGACUCAGAUGACUGCUGGGGCUAGGGUUCAUCACUUCUGGGACUGUGUGGUGGCGGAGGCUCUGCGUGAUGUGAUGCGGGAGCAUGCGAAUGUGGACAUCACACGGAACCAGUUGUGGUUAGUACAGGCGCCACCAGGGCUAUCGCAGGCGGUGUGGGACAUCGUGUGCUUGGCUGCUGUGGCGGCCCUGGAAUACGGCCGACAGCGCCUUUACGCUUGCCGUGAUGCUGCAGACCGGACUGCGGAGGUUGCUGUUGUGCGAAGGAUAGGUGUGGAGGUGAUUGCGGACUUCUGGUCACGGCUAGCUGCGUUUUCGACGACAUCAUCGUCGCCGUCCUGCCGAGCGGCCCCCGCUCUGGCAAUCUUUGCCGAACAUCAUGACUUCACACCGUGGAGCCUUCGCGACCUAGCGUUGGUGGCGCGCCUGCUCGCCGGUCGACCUCGUCUUCAUGGCUUCGCGAUGCUUCUGGCGGGGCGCUCGCUGCUGCCGGGCUCGCAGUGGCGUGGCGCUGAGCGGCUCUUUCGGUAACGGAGGGCCGAUUGGAGCUGCUGGCGACUCUUGCUGUGGGCUGCUGCUGCGGCCUGACGUGGCGCCGGGCUCGCCGCGCGUGAACAGGGGCACGCUGCGGCGGGAGCCAGGACCGGCGUCUUCCGGGCGGCGGCGGCUGGAGCUGUGGGCGCAUCUACACACCUCGUGGUGUGGCCAGUGGAGAGACCUGCUUGGCGAAUGCAGUCUGGCGAAGGCAGUCCAGCGAAGGCUGGCUGGCGCAGGCCGACUACGCGAAGGCUGGCUGGCGCUGUCUGCUGUGCUAGGGUGUUGCGAGGCUGUGUGGACUUGGUUGGGCGGUGGGCGUGCCUGCACCGCCUGCGCUAGGUUGCGGGCGCUGUGGCUUGUGCUGUCUGGUGGGUCGGACCGGCUGAUCCUCGUGGUUCAGCGAACUUGCACGGCCCUAGGCCGUCUACAGGAUGCAGCUUCGGGCUGCACCCAACAGUGUGAGGGCCCUGCCCUGUUGGUGCUGGUGUUUUGGGGUAGGAGUUGCACUUUGCAAAGUGGCAGUCAGUCUGACGCCGACCCGCGGCUUAGGUGAGCAGCGCUAGCGUUUGCGGUGAGCCUUGCUCGGGGUUCCUCCCCUCCUGUAGUGAGGCGAGGAGCAUGGGGGUCAUUCGAGGUUCUCUCCUCGAGUGUGCGUACGUGUCUCGUGCGUUUAUGAAGCCCUGGCUUGCCCGCGGCUGUCAUCCCACAUGUAACCUCUAUUCGCU